UUGCUCACACAUCGGCCGCACUCCUCAGUCGUUCUCCAGACGCCGAUUCAGACGCCGCUAAAAGUUUCUCGCGAGUUCUCCGCACGACAGAGCUGCCAAUUGUUGAUUGUAUAUCUCACUUUUCGAGAUCGUUCCUUCACGAAUUUUCAAGUCAAAGUCAAAACCGCAAAACUGGCGAAAAUGGCAAACGUAUCCAGGCUCACGCUCAUCAAGCUCUUGGAGCUCAUCCUCGUGUGCGUCCUCAUCGGGCUGCAUUACCACUCGUACAUCGGCACCUUGAACGAUGCCAUGCUCGUCACCGGCACGUUCUGCGGCUACCUCAUCAUUCUCGUCGGCCUGUUCGCCGGCGCCGUCAUGGGCACGCCCGUCAACCGACGAGUUGAUCUCUUCUUCAGUCUGGUCGGAUGCGCCCUGUUCAUCGCCUCGGGCUCGCUGAUCAUCGACCACGACUACGCGAGGAACGACAAGAGCACGGCCAAGGGCUCGAUCGCCAUCAUCGAGGGUAUCAUCUUCUUCAUCGACGCCAUACUCACCUUCAGAGGAGAGAACUAAAUUGAAAUGAACAAAAAAUAAAAAAGAGAGAAAAAAAAUACUCUAUACCGAGAGAUAUAUAUGUAAACGAUAUAAAUUAUAUAUUCGUAUUUUUAUGUAUAACUCCUCACUGUCUAUGUAAUGAUUAAUUAUUAAAUUGAUACGAUUAGUAUGUAUGAUAUAUGCCCGUCGCAUAUUGUUCCAUGCUGCUGAGUACGUUUGGAGAAAAGAUCGAUUACUUUCUCUUUUUUUUUUCAAGUCGAUUAAGCGCAUGCGAAAAAAACGACGUUGUAUUUAAAAAAUACGUAUGAACGUUAUCGUAUAUAUAAAUUGAGUACAAAAAACAAGAAAAAAUUAUUAUACGCAAUCAAAUGUGAAAAUCUACGUGAGUGAAUGAGCGUAUAACGAUAUCGCUGUUAAACAAUAUCAAAAUCUAUCGCAACAACAACAACAAUUCAAUAUACGUUAUAUUACAUGUAUAUUGCGCGAUUUUAAAAGCCAUAUUUUAUCAUUGUUGCCUGAAUAUGUAUAGAUUUUAACUAAUAAGAGCGUAAUCGUAUUAUAUACAAUAUUGUAUUUUUUUUUUAGUAUACAGCAGUAAGAAAAUUUACGAAAAUUUGGCUAACUUACGCUUUCGUGUCUCGCUCAAGGCCAGAGAUAUUUAAUGUUAUUAUUUUUUUUUACAAUUCUCCGUUUUAUCA